GACGCUGCACGGCCCAAACUUCCAAUACUUCAGGUUUGCAACUCUCCAUCCGAUAGUUCCACUCUAUUCCGUGGAAACUCUCUGCUUGAAGCAUGUUUUGGCGCAUUUUUGUCAUCAGCCUCUGCAUCCACCUUGCAUAUGCGUCCUUCACAGGCCAGACCUUCAAACAGAAACCCUUCCUAAAUCUCCACCCACCCGAAGACAUUGAUUCCAAAUCCUUUAUCGACAAAUUAUAUGCCCAAAGUAGUGAUACAUGCACAAAUUGUAAAAAAGUCCUCGCCCAUGGAGUUGGUCUUACCCAAAACACACCUCCCGAGCAGAUCGUCGCCGUCUUCCUCUACUGGUGCACCACAAAGCUCAGCAUGUCUGAACAACUUUGCAACAUUACGUACAAGCUAUCUACGAGUACUGCGACUAUGGGCACCGAUUUUACCAACCUAUUGGUGUUAAUUGAAGAUCCUUUGGAGAGUUUGGACGGCGACUACUACUGCCACUUCAAGGCGGGCGGUGCGUGCCCGUUGCCCCCUACACCAGCGUACGAUUUAAGUUCUUGGUGGUCUGAAAGACCCUCAAUUCUGGAACUAGAGCAGAGCACGGGUUUUUUUAAUGUCGCGCAUUUGAGCGACUUCCAUGUUGAACUGGACUAUGCGGUUGGCGGCGAAGCCAACUGUACUGAUUCCAUGUGUUGCACGCCGCGGUCAAGGAACGUUCACACCAACUCAGGUCAAACACCAUCCACAGACUUUUUCCAUAAUAGCUCGUACACCGAUUUUGUGUUUGUGAAGGGCGACGAAAUUCCCGCGCUGGAAGUAGUCUGGCAGCCAGCGCACGAAUUCGGCGAAUACACCUGUGACACCCCGGAGCUCCUCCUCAACAACUCGCUAAAGCACGUUCGGGACACAAACCAGGUGAAAACGCUAGGUUUUGAAUUUGCCCUUUUCACCGGCGAUAUGGUGGACCACGAUGAUUUGUAUCACACCACAAUGGACACCACUAUACACGAAGAGAUUAUGGGGUUUCGGGAUAUGAAGGCGUGGCUAGGCGACAUUCCCGUAUACAGCGUCUUGGGAAACCACGACACUUUCCCGUAUGGACAGCUCGCCCAGGAGAGUCUGGGUUUCGCCAGUCGCUUCACCUGGAAUGACGAGUUGAUGGGAGAUCUAUGGGAAGAAAGCAACUGGGUGCCGAGAAAUGUCUCUAAACAUUACACAGGGUUUUCAGUAGUAACUCGGCGCGGCUUAAAGGUUAUCUCGUUAAAUUCCAACGUGUGGUAUACAAAGAACAUGUACGCCUAUGCCGGUAUUGCUUCGAACCCCGACUCGUUUGGCUCUCUCCGCUGGUUAAUCGAUGAGUUGACCGAGAGUGAGGAAUUGGGACAGAGAGUGUGGCUCCAGGCACAUAUUCCCUUUGCCAACGUCGAUACCUUACCCAUAUCUUCUCACCUUUUGGGGGAGAUCGUUGCCCGCUUUUCUCCAUAUACGAUCGCAGCGAUCUUUUUCGGACACACCCAUAAAGACCAGUUUCAGGUGCAGUAUGGUGCUGACAAGGACCCUGGAAACGUGGUGAAUAUGGCUUGGAUCAGCCAGUCGAUUGCACCGUUGUUCACUCUCAACCCCUCGUGGCGGUAUUAUCAGGUGGAUUCCAAGACGUUUUCUGUCAUGGAUUCACUCAAUUUCUACCAGCGCCUCAACGAGACGGUGGACGGCGAAGGGAACGAACCGGAGUGGCAGUUUGAGUACAGCGCUAGGGAGGUGUAUACUAAUGUGGAAUUUUCCCAGUUAAAGCAGUGGGAAAAGUCAACGCCGUUGAAUGCCACGUUCUGGCACUAUGUGGCCGAACAGAUUGGUACCAACGCGUCGUUUAACCAGGUUUACACCAACCACCAGUUUAGGUACUCGCCAGCGACUCCUGAUUGUUUCACAGGCUUGUGUGAUGAUAACUAUUGUUAUGUCAGUUCGUUUACAAGGGACGCCUAUCUUGGGUGUAAUAACUUGGAGGCUCUGAGCUACCACAUUGUGGGGAGCUUCUGGGAUGUGUAGAGGGACGCAGUUGAAUGACACUGUGAAAGGUUGUAUAAAAUAAAUUAAUAAUUAUUAAGGUAUGCAGAGA